UAAGGCUUAUAACAAGUGUCUGUAUCAGCUUCAAAAGCAGUGAAGGUUGCGCAUGAACCAAUUCAGAAAGAGCUACAAGAAAUCUUUUCAUGGAGCAAAUUACUACCUUUACAAAAAUAAGGGUUGUCAAGUUUCCAAUAAUAGAACUUAUUCCUUUCUUUUUUUAGUUAUUAUAUCUGACCACAUGCAGGCUGAAAGAGUAGGUUAUAAAGUAUGCUUGUUUUUUAGAGACAGAGAGAGGGAUGAACCAGGGCACAGGUGAUAAAGAAGGGUGCUAGUUAAGGGCCUCUUUACACAUGACUGUUUUAAUCAAUUAUCAGCGACCUUUUGUGGGAACCUUUUUCUGGUUGCUUUGUUUUGACAUGAUGAUUCUGGCUGCUUACUUUGAGGGCCAAAAAUCUGAAGCAAAGUCAAAGAGACUGUUGGAAUGGUCCAAGCUUGAGCUGUUAGAACUUGUGCCGGUUUUAUGUGGAUAUGAGAAGGAGUGUUAAGAAUUGAUGACUCAAUCUGGGGCCUCGUAGAGAUGGAAGGAGUUGAGCUGAAGACAAGUUGUGUGUCAAUGGCCAGUAACCCCUGUACCAGGUAGCAUUCUAUGCCAAACUUGAAUGCCAGCAGGAGGUCACUGGACAGAAGACCUCUUCCAACAUCAUAACCGGACAGUUGGAGUAACCUGGAAAAGAAGAAAAAGGAGUUGAAACCAUGGCAAAAGUAAAUAGAGCUCAGUCUACCUCCCCUCCGGAUGGAGGCUGGGGCUGGAUGAUUGUGGCUGGCUGUUUCUUUGUUACCAUCUGCACCCGGGCAGUCACCAGAUGUAUUUCCAUUUUUUUUGUGGAGUUCCAGACAUCCUUUACUCAGGAUUAUGCACAAACAGCAUGGAUCCAUUCCAUCGUAGACUGUGUGACCAUGCUUUGUGCUCCGCUUGGGAGUGUUGUCAGUAACCAUUUAUCCUGUCAAGUGGGAAUCAUGCUGGGUGGCUUGCUUGCAUCUACUGGUCUCAUCCUGGGCUCAUUUGCCACCAGUCUGAAGCAUCUCUACCUCACUGUGGGAGUUCUUACAGGUCUUGGAUUCGCGCUGUGUUACUCUCCAGCUAUCGCCAUGGUCGGCAAGUAUUUCAGCAGACGGAAAGCCCUUGCUUACGGGAUCGCCAUGUCGGGAAGUGGCAUUGGCACCUUCAUCCUGGCUCCUGUGGUUCAGCUCCUUAUUGAACAGUUUUCCUGGCAGGGAGCGUUACUCAUUCUUGGGGGCUUCGUUUUGAAUCUCUGUGUUUGCGGUGCCUUGAUGCGGCCAAUUACUCUUAAAGAGGACCAUACAACUCCAGAACAGAACCACGUCAGUAGAACUCAGAAACGAGACUUUAAGCGGGCAUCUCCCUGCUCAACUUUGACUAAAGAGUGGGUGCAGACCUGUCUUUGUUGCUCUUUGCAGCAAGAAUACAGUUUUUUACUGAUGUCAGACUUUGUUGUGUUAGCCAUCUCUGUUCUGUUUAUGGCUUAUGGCUGCAGCCCUCUCUUUGUGUACUUGGUGCCUUAUGCUUUGAGCGUCGGAGUGAGUCACCAGCAGGCUGCUUUUCUUAUGUCCGUACUUGGGGUGAUCGACAUUAUUGGAAAUAUCACAUUUGGAUGGCUAACCGACAGAAGGUGUCUGAAGAAUUACCAGUAUGUUUGCUACCUCUUUGCUGUGGGACUAGAUGGGCUCUGCUAUCUCUGCCUCCCCAUACUUCAAAGUCUUCCCCUGCUCGUGCCUUUCUCCUGUACCUUUGGCUACUUCGAUGGUGCCUACGUGACUUUGAUCCCGGUAGUGACUGCUGAAAUAGUGGGGACCACUUCUUUGUCGUCAGCGCUCGGUGUGGUGUACUUCCUCCAUGCAGUGCCAUAUUUGGUGAGCCCACCCAUUGCAGGAUGGCUUGUAGAUACAACUGGCAGCUACACAGCAGCAUUUCUUCUCUGUGGAUUUUCAAUGAUAUUUAGUUCUGUGUUGCUUGGCUUUGCUAGACUUGUAAAGAAGAUGAAAAAAACACAGCUGCGGUUCCUUGCCCAAGAGUCCGAUCCCAAGCUGCAGCUAUGGACCAAUGGAUCAAUGGCUUAUUCUGUUGCGGGAGAAUUAGAUCAGAAAGAUGGUGAGUCUGUGGCUAUAGCAGUGCCUGAUUACAGCCCCACAUGACCAACGGCCUUGAGCCUGGGAAUCUUCGGGCUGAGAGAAGUAGGACCACUGGAUUGUCUGUGUUUCUGAAGCAUUUUAUUUUGACAGCCGCAUUGCCUUCCAAGGAAAUUAUUAUUAUUAUUGUUUUAUUAACAUGUUUAUAGGGAAAAAAACAGCAAAUAGCAAAGCAAGACAAACUGGCUCAGAAUUUCAUUGUUGGGGAUUUGUACUCACAAUUGAACUCACAUCUUUCGGGCAAUGAGCGCCACUCCAUGGAGAAUGUUGGACAUAGCUGAUAUAAUUAGCUGUUAUGAGGGGUAAUGUCAAGGCAUGACCCAGACAGCUAACACUGGCAAGCAGCUUUGUCUCCAAGUCUCUGCACCCCUAUCUUUCCUCCCCAGUUAGAAGGCAAAUGGAAACACUGCAUGAAGGUUUGCUUACUUUAUGCUGUUUGUAGAAGCGGGGGUUGCUGAGGAUCUGUAUUAAUCGUUGCCUUUUGAAGAAUCUGAAGUAUUCUUUGAAAACCCUGCUGUCACGAGGAACUCCUCUAUGAAAAAGGCUUGGCAUCUUCACCUUCUACCACCACUGAAAGCUCUCUGCCUAAGACUGCGGCGCUCACCUCUGACCAGGUGCACACCUCUGUGACUGUCACAGAUAUUUACUCUGAAUUUAGCAGAACACACCAAGUCACAUGGGUGGUGUCUAAAACUUACCUGAAAUGUUAGUGCCAACACUUCCUUUUUUUUUUCUUCAGAAAUAAAGCUUUUAUUUAAAUUGUAGACACAUUGUUAAGAACAGGAAAAUGUUGGCAGUAUUCCAACUGGGCAGGACUUGAAUUCUUGAGUCAGCAGGUCUCUGGUGGAAGUUUGUUUUCCAGAUCAUUUAGGUUCAUCAUUACCCAAAACAGGACUUGGGAGUUUUGUCUGAAAAAUAUUAUUCUUAAGCAACAUUCUGAAGGUGAGAGUCCUUUCUCCCUUCUUAACUCUGGCUCCAGGGUCCACCGCUCUUCAUCGCUGUAUGGAUAAUCAUUAGAAACUUGGUGGACCUUUUCAGUUGAAUGAGAAGGCUUCAGGGAUCCCACGAAUCAUUGCUCUGGCCGGGGCAGCGGGAGGAGAGGGCUGAGGGGGCUAGCGGCAUGACAUUUUACAGUUUGUAGAACUCUUUCACACCCCUUAACUCAUUGGAUUAGAAUAGUGUUCUCACUCCCAAAUACUCUGCUUUCGUAUGGUUUGGGAUAAUUUCUGAGUCUUCAGAUUGAAGAGAGUGGGCACACAGAGAGAAGAGAAAUCCAGACCUCCCAGAAUGUCUCCAAACACUUUAAAUCCACAAAAUUAUAAUCCUGAAUCCCAAAUCACAUUGCACCUAUAAAUAGGAGCAAGUUAUACCAUUGAAGUUGGAUUUUAAUUAUUCAACGAUUUUAAAUCUGAACCUCAAGGAAAUAUUUUGACCUUGAAGGCCCUUUAACUUAGUGUCCCCCGAGAGGCCUCACAAAUGCCCUGCCAGGGGUACUGAGAGAAAAACAACACAGCAAUGAGGAAGAUUCUAGGUUGACAAAGCAUGUUCAGCAAGAGGCUUUGCCUGUAACUGUAUUAUUUCAUAAACUUACAUAUUAAUAACUGCCUUCAGAGCAAAAUACAGACUUGAUCUGAUGGGAGAACACUAUAAUAUUUCAGAAUUGUUUUCUAAAGAAGAUUUGAAUGUUACCUGUUACCUUUUUACACAGUUUGAGAAUUUAGCUUUGAACCCAUCUUCCUUGUCAUUUGCGAUUUAAAAACAGUAUUUGGAAAAUAUCUGUAAAAAUGCAAAGUUAAAAUGGAGUUAUCUGUGUUUGGCAUAGCCUUUAAAUGUCACUUCCUAAAUCUUCAAGUCUAAAGAAUUAUGAUAUAUAGUAGUUAUAAAUAUUAUAGAUAUUUUUUCUGAGUGAUGAUCACAGUAAAAUCUUGUCUAUCUGGUUCUGCAAUAUAAUUUCCCUAAAGUAUUAUAAGUAUUCAUGAAAAAUGAGCAUAGAAAGCCUCGUUUUUAAAAAUUUGUAUGUUAAGGUAUUUUGACUUUAUCCAUGCAUAGUUUUGUGUUUUAGUUCCUUUUUGAGUGGCAAUUUUAGAAAACUGGGAAAAUGGAAAUCUUAAGGAAAAUGUAAAUCUGAGAGUCUUCCAUUGUCAACUACACAAAAUGUUGCUGUUAAGGUUCCAUGUGCCUAUACUGUUCAUUUCAGAAUGGAGGGAGUCAUGGGAAUGAUGUGUUAUGUGGAGUAAAGAACAAAAUUCUGGUGG